CCCGAAUCUUGAUGAAAGACGGAAAUAGAACUCUCUAAAACGAAGAUAAAAUUUCUCUAUCGCAACAUGGACGACACGUGGGACAAAUUGUCCCUCUCAGAGGCUUCUUGCGCUGCUCUUAAGGAUUUAAAAUUUGUAAAAAUGACGCCAGUACAGGCUGCUUGUAUUCCAAUGUUUCUCCAAAACAAAGAUGUAGCAACUGAGGCAGUGACAGGGAGUGGCAAAACUCUGGCAUUUGUUAUACCCAUCAUUGAACGACUACAGAAACAUGAACAACCCUGGAAGAAACAUGAGAUUGCUGCAAUAGUUUUGACUCCUACCAGAGAACUGGCCAUCCAAAUUGAGGAGGUCCUAUUAGUAUUCCUCAGACAUUUACCUCAGUUUACCUCCUGUUGUAUGAUUGGUGGUACCAGUGUUCAAUUGGAUAUUGAAAAAUUUCAGGAACAUGGAGGUCACAUUAUAGUCGCAACCCCUGGUCGCUUGGAAGAUAUACUGGAUCGGCAAGCAAAAACUUUGAACUUUGCAUCUUAUGUCAAGUCAUUGGAAGUCUUUGUGAUGGAUGAAGCUGAUCGGUUAUUAGAAAGUGGAUUUGAAGCGAGUUUGAAUACAAUUUUAAGCUAUUUACCAAAACAGCGUCGGACAGGUCUUUUCUCUGCGACUCAGACAGAUGAAGUAGAGAAGCUGAUCCGGGCUGGCAUGAGAAAUCCAGUGAGAAUAUCAGUGAAAGAGAAACAAACCUCAGCCCACAUGGUUCAGAGGAUUCCAAGCACCCUGUCCAUAUUUUACAUGAUCUGUGAGAGUGAUGAGAAGUUCAACCAGUUGGUGCACUUCCUUAGAGAGCACAAAAAUGACAAAGUGAUGGUUUUCUUGAGCACUUGUGCUGCUGUGGACUAUUUUUGUGGUGCACUAAAAUUGAUUUUGAAAAAACACGUGAUUUUAGGCAUCCAUGGCAAAAUGCGGAAGAAAAGGAACAAUAUUUUUGCCAGAUUCCGGAAACAGCAAAGUGGAAUCCUGAUGUGUACUGAUGUAAUGGCUCGUGGAGUUGAUGUUCCUGAGGUUCACUGGGUAUUUCAAUAUGACCCACCGAGUUCAGCCAGUGCUUUUGUUCACCGCAGUGGAAGAACUGCUCGUAUUGGUAACACAGGAAAUAGUCUGGUGCUGUUGACCCCAAGUGAAGAUGCUUUCAUAGAAUUUAUAGCCAGGAAUCAAAAGGUGCCAAUGCGACAAUUUUCCAAAUCUGAUAAUGUCCUUCCGGCCAUCGAUAAACUCAAAAGACUUUCUGAGAAGGACAGAUCCCUCUAUGACAAGAGUGUGAGAGCUUAUGUUUCUUUUAUCCAGUCUUAUGCCAAACAUGAAUGUAGCAUGAUCUUUCGGACUAAAGAUCUUGAUUUUGGUCGAUUGGCAACAGGCUUUGGCCUCCUCAAAAUUCCAGUUAUGCCUGAACUGAAAGGAAAGAAAAUUGACAACUUCACGCCGUCAUCUAUUGAUAUAAACACAAUUCCAUAUUUAAAUAAAGAUAAGGAAAAGAUCAGACAACAGAGGAUUCAAGAAGGAGUUGAAAAGAAAUCUAAAUACAAACCAAAAACAGUUGCCUGGUCGAAGAAGAAAGAGAAGAAGGAAAUAAAGAAAAAACGGCAAGAGACGAAGAAGAGCAAGAAGAAGAAGAUGACAGACAGUGGACAGAAGAGUAAGCUUGAAGCAGCAGAGAAGUCAAGACUAGAAGAAAUAAAAGACCUUCAGGAUGAUUAUCGGUUAUUAAAGAAACAAAAGAAAGGCAAAAUUUCUGAAGAAGACUUUGAGAAACAGUUUACAGAAUCCUGACAGUGAUUUAGGAAGCUAUCAAGCUUCUCUUUUGUAAAUAUUAAAUAAAUGCUAUAUUUUAUAA